GUUUUGAAAACGAGAGAACGACGGAUCUUGAACCACAGCAUUUCAUAUUCCAGUCAGACAAAGGAAGACACUGAUUAGCGUCUCCCACUUGCACUUAGACUUACUACGCAGAGAUGGGAUCAGCUCUCGCUGUUGAUUCUCCAGAAGGCGCUCUUUCGCCGCCGCGCACAAACGCGUCCGCACAUCAGGACGAGUUGUCAACAUCAGCCACGAUGGACGCCGAGGAAAAUACGUCGAGUGGAAGUGCGACUGGCGCAGCAGGAGCAUCCAUGGAUGGUUCACACGCCGGGCAGCAGCCACAAGUUUCCGUUGGGGAACACACUUUGACGCAAUUUCUCAUUACCACAAACACUUACAUGCUGGAAAUGCGUGCCAGUGUCAACGACUUGAAGCGGGACCUUGAGCGGAUGAAAAAACAACGGGAUCACCUGUUGCGUCACGGAGCGGGAUCGUUGCGGACCUCGACUCCCAAUCAGAAUGAGAAUUCGCUUAUCGACGACACCAGCUUCAGCACCUCCGUUGGCGGCUGGGUGGCAGCUGGGUCUCCUGCGUUGCCGACGUCGCGUCGCUGUCGUUCCGUGCCGCGCACAAUGCGAGUGCGGUCGUACCCGUCGCUGCAAGUAGUGGAUCUGCCUCUGAACGCGGGCACAGAAGAUGUUGCAAACGCCGGCGUCAUCUCCACGAACCACGUUGAUAGGACCGAUUCCCAGACUUCUGACGCUUCCAUCGCAAACCUGGUCGUGCAAGAUGUCCUGAUUGGAGCUGUAGCAGGUGCAGGAGCUUCCCUGCUUUCUCUGGCAACAGCGAACGAAGUGGGAGUGGCGACGAACAGUCACAGUCAACCCGAAGCACAGCCAGCCACUGGUGCAGAAGAAGACGCAUCAGUACGGUGGGCCGACGACGCCACCACACUAUCCAGCACAAGUACUGCUGCUGCAGCUGCUCCAGCGCAGGGCGGAUCCACUAACCAUUUGAACCUUUUCGCCGCGGCGUUGUCCCCGGAGGAAGGCGUCUUGCUGCAGAACCUCUGGAGCUUUCCAAGCAGGUUCGCAAACAUGCUAUAUCUUGUUCCGAGUGAAGGUGAAGCACCAGUGGAGCAAGGAGCAGGUACAGUAGUUCAAGCCACAGCUACUACUGAUGCUUCUGUAGCCAAUGAGGAUCCUCCUGUGCCACUUUCAGAAGCAGAAGAGGUUAUCGUUGAAAACCACAACGCGCAAACGGGUCCCUCGCUCGUCACUGCGGGUAGUACAAGUGCAGGAGGGGAUGAAAGGCUGGCACCCGCCACUCAGGCACCUGCUGCUGCUGCUGGUGCCACUACCGGUGCCGUGGCGGACGUCGCAUCAACUGCAGCGCCUGUUCAACAGGGCUCGAACCAAGUCCAAGACCGCAAUGAUCAGUCAGCUUCAACGACGUCCCGUGCAGACGCCUACACAUACGGCGAUCGGGAACUGGCGACCUGUCUCGUUGGUCAGCUGGUUGCCGACAUUCUGACGGAGAACCGGGCGGCGAAAGCCGGCGGCGAAGGGAGCUUCAGCAGCACGAGCCUAGCGGUUGACAGUCACCGGCUCCUGUCAUUUACGUUCUCAAGCAACUACAUUGAUCGCGCGGAGGGUGUUGAGGAUAAUUCCACUUCAACUUCAUCUGGUCUCGACGACUGUAGUACGGCGCGCCGAGGAACAAAUCGUUGCCGUUCACUCCAGAACAUAGCUCUCGGGCAAGAUGCAGACCGACUUUUCUACGACGUGCCGGCGUCACUUUCCAAGAAAGACGUGAAGUUCCGAGUCUACGCCGAUCCGAAGGAUGACGCGCACGCGUUCCGCUACCGGGUGUUGCAGCUUUCCCAGCAAAUCGCCCGAGACCAGGCCUUCAUGAGGAUCAACGACACUGUGCGGAUGUACAACGCAGCCGAGGUCGAAAUAAAAACUACCAAGAAAAUUGAUGCCGACGGCACUACUACUGAAAAUUCGCAGGAAAAAACUACAAACGACGAAAAAGCAAGCACACGAUCGCCGGCGCGCGACAUUGAGAAUCUUGUGAAGUUUUUGCACGACAUGGACUACAAUGGCACGGCCAACAACUUUCUGACCGCGUUUCGCGAUUUGUUUCCGUUUUCCGUGUCGUCCGAGCUCUCGUCGGUGAAAAGCGACCCAAUUCUGAAGGAAAUCUGGAAUGAGCACUCCCGGCAGAAUCGUGCGGGUUCACUGAGUAGUAGCAGCGGAAUGGUCGUACCAGCGAAGCAUCAUCAGGAAGAUCAUUUUGGGGAGAAAAGUAGCAGUUCCUCUUUUGAUGUGCCGAUGGCGGCAAGGGAAAUGGCUCUGAAUGCGAUCCACGCGCACAAACUGCAGCAUGACUUGGAGAAUCUGAUGCUGGAGUUCUACCUGAAGCGCACCUUUCACAUUCCGUUUGUCGAUGAUAAUGCUGAUUCGACACUUCCUGGAAGCGGUAGCGGAGCGGCCUUCGCUUCCGGCGCUUUCGGAGAUGCCAGCGACAGAAGACGUGAUAGUUCUUCUGGGGAAGAUCAUAGUAACACUCCGGGGGAUCUUCAUGGAGAUGAACUCUUCUGUGCGCCCGCCGCUGUGCAGGAAGUAGCGCGUUCGUCUUCAUCGUCUUCUUUCUCCGCUAACAAGCAGUCUCCGUCUGACCAGAACACCCUUUGCUGUGUCUGUUGGACACACGAGAAGGAGUUCGCGUUGCUGCCCUGUUGCCACCUUGCGUUUUGCAAGCACUGCUUGACAGAGACCAUCCGGACGCGCGGGAGCACGCGACCAUCCGCCAUGCCGCACCAGGUCGAAGCGCGCGUGCGGAUUUUGAGUCAAGACCAACACCGCAGCGGGUCUCUGGAGUUCUGCGGGCUGAAAUGUCCGAUCUGCCGUGUAUCGGCAAAGGCCUGGCUCAGAGUUUUUCAUUAGGUAGGUCUAUCUCUACUUUCCCUACGCAAAUUUUGCAGAUCGCCACCCGGACUUUCCGAGUUCUGGGAUGAUGCUCCGGAGCUGAGAGAUUUUUGUACUUCGAGCUGAUAUUUUUCUUCAGAUUCAUUUGCAAAACAAGUGAGAAUUUUGCAAAACAAGAUUAAAUGAAAAAAUGACGUCUAAGAGGACUCUAUCUUAGAUAGAGUUUUUCCCCUCUGCUCCUGCACGGGUCAUGCAGACGAAAAUGAACUUACGAGAGCUUUGUUUUAGUUUACCUUUUCUUUCAAAUGAACUUACCGACGAACGAACUUUUAUUUUGUUGCCGGGCACAAUAAAUGCCGAAUUUGAAUGAAAGCCGUCUAGUCGAUACAAUGAUCACCCUUCCAAACAAAUAAAGAACUCACCGAAACGAUUUGGACUCCUGUUACUUUGACACGAGAACAUGAACAACGAACUCUUCUUUUCGCUUUCGAUUUUGGUUUCGCUUGUCUAAAGAU